CGCACGGCCGUGGCCCGCGGCGACCAAGCGGCGACCAGCGAGCGAGCGAGCCUCGGCCACCACCCGGCACGGCCGCACCCGGCCCGCACACAGCGCUCGAUACCGGUCAGCUGUUCACGUGACGUCACUCCUUGUUGUGGGACCGAACUCUGUGCGUGGCGUCGGCGGACGCGUCAGCGGACCCAACGGUGGAACGUGGCGGAGGAAGCGAGCGUCCGCGAGCGCGCCAAGUGCAGUGAUAGUGUAUGGCGGAGCCGGCUGCUGCAAGCAAAACAAAGCCUGCCUUUUGUGUGUUUUUUUCUGUGAUCAAGGAGUGCCUUAUGUAUACAUUGAAUUCUACCUGUUUGGCACCAUUGUGGCGUUCCUUGGCAUCGUGCGGCUCAUCAUCAGCAGACCAUAAGCGAACGGAUACCUGCACAUAGCUGCCAGUCUCGGAGCAGAUUUACUGAUGCCAUUCGACGGGCCCCGCCUCGAAUGAUUUGGAAAACAUCUCCGGCGUGGAGCCGGCGGUCGCCCCAGCAGCAGCAUGUGAUUGGCUCGCCAUGCCCACUCCGCAGGACGAUGGCAGUCUGCUAGACGAGCACCGCGGCCCCGGCCCCGGCUGUAGCCCCGGCCAGGACACGACCAUGAGUCCCGAGGAGGAGACGGCCGCGCCGCCCGCCGCCCUGAUGGCCGCGUCCAGGCAGGCGGACGAGGAGCGGAGGGUCACCUCCCCGGCGAGCGGCAGCAAGUACGACGACGUGCCCAGCACCACCCUGGCGGCGAGCCUGGCGGAGCACAAGGAGGACAAGACGGAGGCGGCGGCCACCAGCCAGCCCAGCGCGGACGCGGAGGACUCGUGGGGGACCAACGACGUGGAGAAGUUCGACGGCAAGAUCGUGUACAACCCGGACGGCUCGGCCUACAUCAUCGAGGACAGCGAGCUCAGCGAAGAGGAGAUCGGCGACGGCUGCAUCGUGGACGGGCGGGGAGUUAGCCUGCCCGAGCAAAGCCAGGUGUUCCCGCAGAUCGCCAACGCGUUCUACGUCAGCAGGAACCCGGCGUUGUACUCGGCGCUGUUCGGCCAGCAGCAGCAACAACACCAGCAGCAGCAGGCGGCGCUGGCCAGCAGGCACCAGGCCCCCGAGGCGCCCGUCAUGCACAGCUACCGCGUGUACUCGGUGCGUGACAACAAGGCCGAGGACAAGGAAGAGGGCAAGGACGGCGGCGCGCGCAAACAGCUCAAGAUCCCCGCGCAGGAGGCUGCCUCGGUGCCCGUCAAGCCCAUCCUCAUGUGCUUCAUCUGCAAGCUGUCGUUCGGCUACACCAAGUCGUUUGUGGCCCACGCCAUGGGCGACCACAACCUGGUGUUGCGGGAGGACGAGAAGGAGAUCCUCAGCCAGCAGAACGCGUCGGCCAUCAUCCAGGUGGUCGGCAAGGAGAAAGAGCCCCUCCUGUCCUUCCUCGAGCCCGUGCCUCCGUCAAGACCGCAGCAGGACGCCGAGCACCGGGACCUCCGCGACCGCGACGACGUGGAGGCGCAGUCUCUCGUCGUGCACCGGAGGUCGGUGGACCGGUCGAGCGCGUCACCUCAGCGCCCCACCCCGCAGCAGUCGCCCCAGCACCAUGACCGGCCGCGGUUACCUCAAGUUCCUGAGACGUCCCCAGUCUCCCUGCCCCAAAACGGCAGUAACAAUAGUAACAAUUUUCUCAACUACAACCACCAGAGGCUGAUGGUCAAUGGCCUCAACAGCGUCAUGGACCUAACUAGAAAGAGUCCCGGGGGCCCGCCCUCGGGGCCGCCGUCCCACGGCCGCAACAGCGUGUCGCCGGGCGCCAGCCCCAGCCCCAGCCCCCUGCAGCUGUCCAACCCCUUCGCGCCGCCCCCGCCAAGCUUCCUCACCGGCACCACCAUCGGCGUGUGCCCAGACCACAUUGGCGGCCGGCCCAGCGGCGUGGAGUGCACCAAGUGCGAGCUCAUCCUCAGCUCCUCGCGGCUGGGCGGGCCGCUCGCCAACAUGCACUCGCGGAACUCGUGCAAAACGCUCAAGUGCCCCAAGUGCAAUUGGCACUACAAGUACCAGGAGACGCUCGAGAUCCACAUGAAGGAGAAGCACCCCGAGACGGAGACGUCGUGCCUGUACUGCAUAGCGGGCCAGCCGCACCCCCGGCUGGCGCGCGGCGAGACCUACACCUGUGGGUACAAGCCGUACCGCUGCGAGGUGUGCAACUACUCGACCACGACCAAGGGCAACCUGAGCAUCCACAUGCAGUCCGACAAGCAUCUCAACAACAUGCAGGAGCUGCAGAACGGCGGCGUCAAUAGCGCGGAGGUGCUGUCGCACCCUGCGCUGCAGACGCCGCCGCCCAAGUCGGCCGUGGGGCUGUCAUCGCCCAGCGUGCCGUCGGCGCAGUCGCAGAAGCCCAAGCCCACCUUCCGCUGCGACGUCUGCAACUACGAGACCAACGUGGCGCGCAACCUGCGCAUCCACAUGACGUCCGAGAAGCACACGCACAACAUGAUGGUGCUGCAGCAGUCCAUGAAGCACAUGCAGACGCUGAGCGCGCUGCAGCAGUCCCACCAGCAGCAGCUCUCGCUCGAGUCCCUGCUGCACUUCCACCCCGGCCUGCUGCCCGGCGGCCUCCCCUCGGGGCUGCCGACCGGCCUGCCCGCCGGGCUGUCCGGCCCGGACAAGCCGCCGCCGCACUCGGAGGCCGCGCUGGCCGACAUGGCGUACAACCAGGCGCUGCUCAUCCAGAUGAUGACGGGUGGGCAGAUGCCGCCGCACAUCCCGCCCGAGCUGGCGCCGCACAUGGACAUGGGGCUGAACCCCGAGACCAUGGAGCCGCCGCCAGGGCCGGCCGACCCCAACCCCACGCACCUGUUCCACUGCUGCGUGUGCAACGCCUUCUCCACCGACUCGCUGGAGCAGCUGUCGCACCACCUGAGCGAGGACAGGACGCGGAUACGCGAGCAGGAGAUCCUGGCCGUGGUGGCGGGCCACUACGUGUGCAAGCUGUGCUCCUACAAGACCAACCUCAAGGCCAACUUCCAACUCCACUGCAAGACGGACAAGCACCUCCAGAGGCUGCAGCACGUGAACCACGUCAAGGAGGGCGGGCCCCGCAACGAGUGGAAGCUCAAGUACGUCACCAGCCCGGGCGGCAUCCAGGUGCGGUGCCACGCCUGCGACUACUACACCAACUCGGCCCACAAGCUGCAGCUGCACGCUGCCGGCCAGCGGCACGAGGCCAGCCACCUGCUCUUCAGGCACCUGCGGGAGUGCGAGGCCGCCCUCCGCGAGGACCACAACACCGCCCCGCGGAUCUACCACUGCGCGCUCUGCGGCUUCUCGGCGCGAGCGCGCCUGCCGCUGCUGCAGCACAUCCGCUCCAUGAAGCACGUGCAGAUGGAGCAGCUGCACCAGCUGCAGCGACGCGCCGAGGGCAAGGAUGUGCAGACCGACAUCGGCGAGAUCUUCCAGGUGGUGACUGAGCCCCAGCCGUACUCCGGCGAUAUGGACUGUGAUAACAAAGAGCAGCAGCAACUGCUCGAGCGCGAGAGAGAACGAGAUCGUGAAAACCGAGAACGAGAGAGCAGAGAACGAGAAAGAGAGAGGUCAAGAGAGAGGUCGCGGGAGCGGGAUGCAUCCACACCCCAAGACCGCCAGGGUAGCCCAGCCAGCGAAGGAGCGCAUCAAUGCCCUUACUGUAACUUCACCGCUAGUUCUGAGCUGAGGGUACAGGCUCACGUUCUUGCUCACCACCAAAGCGAGGCUCCUUCAAGUCCACGAAGCAGCCCUCAACGAGAUUUUCUCUGUCCCCUGUGUCAAGAUGCAUUUAGAGACCGUGCAUUAUUGGAAAGGCAUGUGAUGCAAAUUCACUCAGUCAACUCAGAAGGUCUUCAAAGAUUGUUAAUGUUAGUAGACCAAAGUCACUGGCUUAAUUCGUCAACCAGGCAGGGUGCUGGGACACCAAGCAGUCAGCAACCUACCACACCACAGCACACGUCUCCGGGAAAUCUAAACAGCCCGUCGUCCGUGGCGUCUUCGACGGGCUGUAAGGAGCUUCAGGACUCCGGAUCCUCCGGGAAGCUGAACAACUCGGACAACAACUCAGGAGAGGUGGACGACCAAGAUGUAGCCGAAGACCAAGACGAUCUCUUGCGCUGCCACGCAUGUUCGAAGAGCUUUCGUGCCUUCGAAGAACUCUGUGCUCAUCAGAGCGAAGCUGGUCACUUAGAACUGAAACAAACCCCUCUUGGCCCCGGCUACCUUUGUUGGAAAAAGGGGUGCAACCAGUACUUCCCUUCGGCCAACAGCCUUCAAAUGCACUUCCGGGAAAUACAUCUCCGCGGGGGUGGUCAGCCUGGCGUAGCCGUGUCUGAGAAGCACGUCUACAAAUACAGAUGUAGUCAGUGCUCACUAGCUUUCAAGACUAUGGAAAAACUGCAACUUCAUUCGCAGUACCACAUCAUCAGGGAUGCUACUAAGUGUGUCUUAUGCGGGCGUUCAUUCCGAUCCGUAUUAGCACUGCACAAGCACGUUGAGACUGCGCAUCCGGAACUGACCGAAGAGGAGCUGAAUGCCUACAAACAGAGCCUGAUGAACAAUCCUCUUGUUCUCGCUGGUAUUACAGGGCCCGUUCUUGACCCUGUAACCAAUGAGCUAUUGCGGAAGGAGAGCAUGAGGGUGGAUGAUGACGUAAUGGAUUCAGAAGAAAGCCCUGCCAAAGACAAUACUGAUGAUAGCUUCAUUGGUAACGCGCAUGAUGGAGAAAAUAGUGAUGAUUCCAUCGUGUACAAAGAGCAACAGUUCCUUGAGGACUAUCUUAACAGCCAAGCUAUGGCUGAAGACUCAUACAACGAUCCAAACCGCAAGUACAAGUGCCACCGAUGUAAAGUUGCAUAUACAAGGCAAAGCUAUCUUACAGCCCACAACAAGACCCUGCUUCAUCGCAAAGGCGAGAAGCUGACGUAUCCUAUGGAGAAAUAUCUUGACCCUAAUAGGCCGUACAAGUGUGAUGUCUGCAAAGAAUCGUUCACUCAAAAGAACAUUCUUUUAGUUCACUACAAUUCAGUCAGUCACUUGCACAAGCUAAAGCGUGCAAUGCAAGAGCAGCAGAACAAUAACAACAAUAAUAACAUCAAAGACACUUUGGCAAGCUUAGGUGUCACAUCACCGCCAAGUUUACCUCCUGGUAUGCCGUUAACACCUAAAUCACAAAGCUCCUCAGCCUCUGAUGACGACGAUAAGAAACCGUACAAGUGCAACAUCUGCCGCGUCGCGUACAGCCAAGGAUCUACUUUGGACAUCCACAUGAGGUCCGUUCUUCACCAGACUCGUGCUUCCAAGCUUCAAGACCUGGCUAUAACUGGCCAAAUUGAUCUUAGCAAGCCUCUAAUUGAACAGCCAGAACCACGAUCGAAGCUUAUUCAAGAUAUCUUAGGAGCGUCUCCAAAGCUGGCACCACCACAGUCGCUCUCGUCAUCCCUGACGUCACCACCGUCCGGGGGCAGUACGGGCACGGCACAGGGCUCCCCAACAGUUCCUAGUAGUUUAGGCAGUUCUUCCGCCUCUGCUCAAUCGUCUGUGAUAGGCUCCGACCCCUUAGCUUGCCCACGCUGCUCUGCCCUGUUUGCCAGUCAGGAGCAACUUGCCACUCACCAACAGUUGUAUUGCCUGUUUGGCAGUCCAAUUAAUAUGUUUGGAAUGGGUGGUGCCAGCCCACAAUCUUCCAAUAACAGGACACCGCCGCCCUUUCAGUCCACUCCUGAAGACACUUUUGCAAGACUCUCAGCUAACAAGAAGUCUUCCCAAAUGUACAAACACCUCCUAGAAAGCUUCGGAUUUGACUUGGUAAUGCAGUUCAAUGAAAAUCAUCAGCGCCGUAAGCAGAAAGAGAGGGAAGACAUGGAAAAGGCACAGCUACAAUUGCAAGAACAAGCUGAGCAGCAUGCCGUACAACAUCAUAUGCAAGCGCCGAUCGCGGAGGAGAUCCGGGAGCCAGAAAAGGUGGAAGAUAAUGAGGAAGAACAAAAAGAGACUAAAGUAGUUGUGGUCAAAGAGGAGCAGCCCGAUGAAGAGGUUCGGCCAAGCACCCCAAAUGAAAAGGAUGUAUUACCAGAAGUCUCUAAAUCUACUUGCACUCAUUGCAAUAAAGAAUUCUCGAGUGUUUGGGUUUUGAAGGCACACUGUGAAGAAGUACACAAAGAUCUUGUGCCUCUCGACUUUCUCGAAAAAUAUGCUCAGCAGUUCAAGUCAGAAUACGAAAAGAAGUCCGGUCCUCCUGGAGUUGAAUCAACGCCCGAAAAGGAACCAGAGGAUAGCAAAGAGAACAUACCUAAGUCAAAUAUCAUGACUCCUCCCAAUGACGUACCGGUUACGCCUACUGCACCCUCAACCCCAACUGCAUCAUCAACGCCGGCGUCCAGUACUGACAGUGUUCCUGCCAACACUUCGACUACGGCUCCUCCUUCUCUUGCUGGAAUGUCGCCUUCUGCUGGACAGGGCAUGCCAAUGAAUCUUGCACAACAAAUGGAUUCAAUGCAAAUGGCCCUCAAUGCCAUGGCUGUGCAACAACAUUUACAACAGCAACUGAAUCCUAUGAUGCUUGGCAUGAUGGGUCUUCCUUUGGGGCUGAACAUGCAGGCUCUAGCCGCCAUGAACCUUCAGCCUCCUCUGGUCCCACUUAUGAUGCCGCCACCGCCUUUCGACCCGAUGGCAGCGCAAAACCCUCUCUUCAGUCCUCAGGGUCAGAACAUGGGUGACCCAACUGGUCUACUUGCCAAACAACAGCAGGCUUUGAUGCAGCAGCAACAGCAAGUGGUGAAUGCCGCACAGCAGAAGAGGGCUAGGACGAGGAUAACUGAUGAGCAGCUUAAGAUCCUCCGGGCUCAUUUUGACAUCAACAACUCACCCUCCGAAGAGCAGAUCCACGACAUGGCGGCGCGCUCUGGGCUUCCACCGAAAGUAAUCAAGCACUGGUUCCGGAAUACUUUGUUUAAGGAACGUCAGAGAAAUAAGGACUCCCCCUACAACUUCAACAAUCCACCCUCGACUACUUUAAACCUGGAGGAGUACGAGAAGACAGGUGAGGCGAAAGUCAUUCACCUUAACACAAGCAGUAGUUCCGAUGAGCAGAAACCGGUGGUGAAGCCACCAACCCCAGCACCACCUCCAGUCCAACCAGCACCGGUGGCGCCCCCGCCACCUAAACCGAGUCCCCAGCAACAGCAUCAACAACAGCAGCGCGAGCAACAACUGCUGCAGCAACAGCAAAUGCAACAACAGCUGAUGCAGCAGCAGAUGAUGCAUCAAUUUCCGAAACCCCCAGAGCAUAUCAAAACAGAACCAAGCUCUGAGCACAGCGUUAUGGAGCGCGAAGACUACCAUCUCAGCCCGACGCCAUCGCAUGCUUCGCGGAGCUCGUCGCCAGCCAGCCUCACCCUCUCCUCCCUGAUCGCGUCUCAAUUAGGACCAGAUCCUUUAAGCCAUAGUGCAGCAUCAAUGCUGCCACCAAAACUGACUCCUCCAAAUUUUGCAUCACCCACCCACGGUGCUGCUCCGGGACCAAUGACACCCAAUAGUAGAUGCGUGAGUCCUGGUCGGUCGUUUAACGACCCUUUUACCCACCUUGGAACCAAUAACAGCGGUGGUGCGAGCGGCGCCAACUCCAGCGGCAGCAGCUCAUCGAGUGGCUCCACAGGCAAGAGAGCUAAUCGAACGCGCUUCACUGACUAUCAAAUCAAAGUUUUGCAAGAGUUUUUUGAAAACAAUGCCUACCCAAAAGACGACGAUUUAGAGUAUCUAUCAAAGCUACUUAGCCUGAGCCCACGUGUCAUUGUAGUGUGGUUUCAAAAUGCAAGACAGAAGGCCCGCAAGGUGUAUGAGAACCAGCCAGCUGUAGAUCCAGCACCUGGAACGGGGACCACGGACGAGCAAGGCCGCUUUCAACGAACACCAGGCCUCAAUUAUCAGUGCAAAAAGUGCCUGCUUGUCUUCCAGCGGUACUAUGAGCUGAUUCGCCACCAGAAGACCCAUUGCUUUAAGGAAGAGGACGCAAAGCGGUCGGCUCAGGCGCAGGCCGCCGCGGCACAGAUCGCAGCCGUCAUGUCGUCGGAAGACUCCAACUCCAGCACCAUGACUGAGCAGAGAGAGGCUCCGGCCGCCCCGCAGUCCGCCCCCCAGGCGAGCACCGCGGUGCUGACGGCCAGCACUGGGCCGGCGACGCCCGCGCCUGGGCCGUCUGCCCACACGCCCACUCCAUCCCCAGUACCCGAUUCUCCUCGUGAGCUGCCCCGUGACACCCAGAAUCUAUCAAGUAAGGACAGCUCGUUUCAAUGUGACAAGUGCAACCUUGUCUUUCCGAGGUUCGAGCUUUGGCGGGAGCAUCAGCUGGUGCAUAUCAUGAACCCAAACUUGUUCCCAACGUACCCUCCUGAUUCACCUUUUGGCAUCCUUCAGCAGCAUGCGCAGCUGCAGCAACAGCAGCAGCAGCAACAACAGCAGCAGCAACAACAGCAGCAGCAAGUACAACAGCAAGCUGCUCCAGCCUUACCUGCUCUUCCCGACCUUUCACUGCUUCCCGGGGCUGCCACACACCCUUUGGUGAACAUGAUUGGAGCUAAACGUAAGCUAGAAGACUUCGAUGAGCCACAAGAACAGUCCGAGCAACCGAAGGAUAAGAGACUAAGGACGACUAUUCUUCCUGAGCAGCUAGAUUAUCUUUACCAGAAAUACCAAAUGGAAAGUAAUCCUUCCCGUAAAAUGCUCGAGAACAUCGCCCGGGAAGUAGGCUUGAAAAAACGUGUGGUACAGGUGUGGUUUCAGAACACGCGCGCGAGAGAGAGAAAGGGGCAAUGCCGGGCUCACUCGCAAGUCAUCAAUAAGCGCUGUCCUUUCUGUCCCGCUCUUUUCAAAGUCAAAUCUGCUCUGGAGUCUCACUUAAACACAAAGCACGCCGAUCAGUGUGCCCGUGGUGAAAUUAACAUAGAUGCUCUUCCAGACGAGGAAGUGAGCAUGGAGUCGACCCAAUCAUCACAGCACUCGUCUGCUCAGCCCAACAUGAUGCCCCCGCUCUUUCCCCCAUUUCAAUCCCCCGACGUGGAGGCGUCUUUGAAGAAAUACUAUGAAGAGUCUGUCAAGCGAUACAUCAGUGAACUGCAGGCUCACCAAACGUCUCAGAACGGCAAGGACGGAGCAGCGCCUAAGGAGGAGGCGCCUCAGCACCCUGGAGCUCCGCCUGCGGAGGCUGGCCCUGGCGUGCUUGACCUCAGCAAACCAGUGGACUUGAGCAGGCCCCUCGGCAUGGCGUUGUCUGUUCGAGAGGAUCCAAUCAGCGAACACGGGGACGAUUCCAUGUCUGAGUGCACUGACAAUAUGGACGACGAAAGCAACCCUACGUCCCCGGCGUCCUCGACCCAGAGUGGACACCAGCGUUCCGGACCUACGCCGACCGGAACACCCGGUCAACCAGGGCAGCCCAACAAACGAUUUCGGACUCAGAUGAGCUCUCUGCAGGUCAAAAUUAUGAAAUCGCUGUUCGCGGACUACAAGACGCCCACCAUGGCGGAGUGCGAGAUGUUAGGGCGUGAGAUCGGGCUGGCCAAGCGGGUUGUCCAGGUGUGGUUUCAAAACGCGCGCGCCAAAGAGAAGAAAACCAAGUUGGCGCUGCAGAAAGCAUUGGGUGGGCCCGAGUCGCUAGUUACUCCCCCUCCAGAUCGGGCCCCGGAAGAGUGCGUACACUGCCAAUUCAAGUAUUCGCACAAGUACUCGAUCCAAGACCACAUAUUCACCAAGAAGCACAUUGAAAACGUGCGUCAGUACCUGGAGACACAUAAGGACGCACAGCCUGGUAACGAGCCCGCUGCUAUGCCAUCUCUCCCUGUCCCGGGCUCAUUGCCAGCCUCUUUGCCCGGACACGCGCCAGCCGACAACAACAACGCCCCGAAGGUGGCUCCGGGGAUCAACACCCUACCCCAGGAAGACCUGAAUCUGUUGCAACAGCUGUAUGGAUCCGUCGCCCCCAGCUCGGGCGGCCGCUCCUUCUACCACAACAACGGCGUGGAGGGCUCGCUGGUGACCAUGCUCGGGCUGGAGCCGCACGCGCUGCAGGCCGUGCUGGAGCACAGCGCCCCGGGCGUCAGCUCGGUGCGCGUCGCCGCCGCCGAGGAGCCCCCGCUCCACUGCCGCGUCGUGGACGCCGAGGCCGGCUUCGUGUGCAAGAAGUGCCGGCUGGCGUUCUCGACGGAGGCGUCUCUCAUCGCCCAUCAGCGCGCGUGCUGCCCGGGCCAGGUGGGCUGGGCCGUGCGCAUGCUCGCGGCCCGCUACGAGUGCAAGGUUUGCCCCGGCGCGGGCUUCGACAAGGUGCAGGACAUGCGUCGUCACUGUGAGUCGGACGGGCAUCGGGCGCGCGUCCCGGGGCUCUCUCUGCCGCCGCCGCCGCCCCCCGACUCGCCCUCGACCGCCCUCUCCCACGAGAUGGAGGACGUCGUGAACCAGAUCGCCGCCCUGGCGGCCAAGGCCGCCCAGGAGGGCAACGCAGACUCCAAUGCCAAUAUCCGCGACUUCUGCCAGGACGGCAGCCGCAAGGGCCCCGGCUCUGUGGCUGCCUCCUGCCCGCCGCCCUUCGCUGUGCCUAGCACGGGCCUCUAGGGCGGCCACACUCUCCCGGCACGGACUAUAACCACCACGAAGUAUUAACGCUGUCCUCGCAAACGGAUCACACAUGAAACCAAACCUCGCUUAUAUGAUGAGAUAUCGUGACUAGGGUACAAUGCAAGGAAAAAAACAAAAUGGGGAUGCUACUAUCCCCCUUGAAUGAUUGUAGAUUUAUUAUUAUAUAAAAAAUUGAUUUUGCGUUAUGGCGGUUCGGAUGUACGUGUACAGGAUUUAUUCAUCGCGAUUAGCGAAUUUUGUAAAUUACACUCUGUAUAUUGCGUGUAUGGGGAAUGUUAAUGUUGGUAGUAGUUGCAAGCAAAGCGGUGCUAGUAAUACGUGCAAUGUUUUCGAACAUUUAAAAAAAUUGCAUGACAUAGGUAGCGUGAGAUAAAGACGAUUAUAUGUUUUAGAUUUUUGAUGGCACAAGAUGUAAAUUUUUGACCUCUCCGGAGAUAUAAUGCUUUAAACAUUUUGUUGUUAGAUGUAUUGUUUGUAUGUAACAACGUUUAAAAAGACCUAUUAACAAUUAUAAGUAUUGACUUAGUGCAAUGAUGAAGCUGAAACUCGCUACGAAGAUGUUUUGUUACUGAGUAACAAAUCUAUAGUUUUUGACUUAAUUUGUUUGAAAACCAUAUUUAUUAUGACGUUUUCGUUUAUGUGGUUGAGAAUAUCUUUCCUGAUUUUUAGCGUUUACAUUUAGUGAAAUGUAUGUAAUUGAAAAUGUGCAAUAUAGUACUUUACUUGAUGCUCCUCUCUUAAUGGAAAGCAUCAAUACUUCUGGUACAUAUAAUCUCACAGGAAAGUUGUAUUUUAAGUAUGAAUUUAAAUUACUCUAUUACCUGUUGAGAAGACAUGUUGUGUUUGAAAUUUGUUAGUGAUUCUUGUUUGUUUUUUCUUGUGCCAUACUCAGGUAGAGGCAAAUAUGAACUUUAGCUAUUAGAUGAUUAUAAAAACUUUGAUGUUCCUGAACGCGUGGUUUCGUUUGCGAGGAAGGUUUUACUUCAAACUCAUCAUACCGAAAAAGACAUUGCAUCGUAUAUGCGCGAAAGACGUUACAUCGAGGCCAAAUAACGAGACAAGUUGAAUACUGCUCGUCUAUUAAAAAAAACAUCGUCCAUGACGAUUAAGUUAAUAUUUCCUAGUGGCUGUUCUCCUUGGAUGCAAGUUCCUAUAAAUUUCCCCCUAAAGCGUCCAUGUGUAGAAACAGCCAUGUUCAGGAAAGUGAUAGCGGCAUUUGCCGGAAGAUGUAUAUAUCAUGAUUAUUGGUUAUAUUGGAUGUAAGGAGAUUAUGGUGAUCCAUUGGUAAGAAGAUAACACUGACAUUAAGUGUCAAAUUGAUAUUGAAAUCUCACACCUCGCUAUUGUAAUCUAAGCUCUUUAUGAAAUAAUUUUAAGUGGCCCUGUCA